GCAAAUUGCAAUUUUGUGGAUUUGGUGUCCUGUCAUAUAGGGCAUUGGUCCUGUCUAUGGUUUAGGGCCUUGGUCCUGUCCGUCACGUAUAUUUCUGUUUGGUGAAUGCCACUGGCCCACCAGUCGGUCGAAUUUUGCUUUUUCAGCAGGCUCUGAACUUGAACUGUUGAAGCCAUGACAAAGUAUGGGUUUCAAGUAAAGUUGGACCACAAGUUUCCAGAGAAGUGGGAUGGAAAUAUCGUUCCAAGCCUUAGUCAGGUCUGGGACUUGGUUCCUCUUGGCCUCAGAUAUUUGGUCUGGUAUGUUGGAAUGUGGUUCAAAGGAAAGAAGCCCUUCAUUGACCAGCUCAACCCCGUGUCUGGAAAACAAAUAUAUGGGGUGCCUCUGGGCGGUAUCGGCGCCGGCACCAUCGGCCGCGGCUUCUGCGGCCAGUUCACGCGGUUCCAGGUACGGCCCGGCCUGUACGAGUACGCCACGGCCGCCGCCGACCAGUUUAUCGUCACCGUCCACGGCGCCCAGAGCCACAGUCAGGUGCUGAGCGCGUGCGGCCCGCCGGCCGGCGGCCACCUCUCCGGCUGGCGGUGGUCGUUCCCGGGCGCGCAGGCCGAGUACCGCGGCCUGUACCCGCGCGCCUGGACUGACUACCGCCUGCCGGAGCAGCGGCUCAGGCUCGGCUGCCGCCAGGUGUCGCCAGUCAUACCGCACAACUACAAGGACACCUCACUUCCGUGCGCCGUGUUCGUUUGGGACGUGGAAAACACGGGCACGGAGGAGAGGACGGUCAGCAUCACCUUCACCUUCGAGAACGGCAUCGGCAGGAAACACUCCAGUGUGAACUGCGUGGUGUCGUCCCUGGACCCGGAGCCGGCCGCCGCCGGCGGGGUAUCGGGCCUCACCAUAGACCAGGAGAUCGGCGGCGUACCCUGUCAGUACGUCAUCGCCGCCAGAACCCAGGAGGGAGUCCUGGUCAGUAAGAGCACGUUCCGGCCCUCGGGAGACGGGCUCGACCUCUGGAACCAGCUGGCUGCGGACGGAGGCCUCACCCUCAAUCUGGAACAGAACAACACCUCAGAGGCCGGUGUGGCGGUCAGCGCGCGGGUGACGGUACCGGCCGGCUCUCAGCGCUCAGUGGAGAUGGCCCUGGCCUGGCACAUGCCAGAGGUGCGGUUCGGAACGGCCGCCCAGCCCGUCACCAGGUACUACAGUCGGUGGUUCGCCGCGGGCCGGCAGGGCGCCGAGCGACUCUGCCAGUACGCCCUGGACAACUACCGGCGCUGGGAGGAAGCCAUCGACGCCUGGCAGCAGCCCGUGCUCGACGACCCGGAGCUGCCGGACUGGUACAAGUCGGCCAUCUUUAACGAGCUGUACUUUAUCUCGGACGGCGGCAGCCUGUGGCUGGAGAUGGCGGACGCCGACAAACUGCCCCACUCGGACCCCAGACGGGAGUACGGCCGGUUCGGGUACCUGGAGUCCCACGAGUACAUCAUGUACAACACGUACGACGUGCACUUUUACUCGUCGCCGGCGCUGGUCCACCUGUGGCCGCAGCUGCAGCUCUCGCUGCAGUACGACAUGGCCGAGUUUGUCACACAGGAGGACCUGGAGCGCCGUAAGAUGCUCUACACGGGCCAGACGGCAGUGAGGAAGGUGGCCAACACGGUCCCGCACGACGUCGGCAACCCCGGCGUGCCAGGUGAGAUACCGUUUGUGAAGAUCAACAGCUACCAGAUUCACGACGUAUCCGCCUGGAAGGAUCUCAACCUGAAGUUCGUGCUGCAGACGUUCCGGGACCAGCGGGCGGUGGGCGCCGGCACCGGCUACCUCUCGGCCAUGUGGCCCGCCUGCAAGGCCGUGAUGGCCGUGGCGCGCCGCUGGGACACCGACGGCGACGGCAUGAUCGAGAACUCCGGGGCGCCGGACCAGACGUACGACACGUGGGUGAUGAGCGGCGUGAGCGCCUACUGCGGCGGCCUCUGGCUGGCCGCCCUGUACGCCAUGGCACAGAUGGCCCGCGAGAUGGGCGACGAGCCCGCGCUGGCCGAGUACGCCGAGCUGCUGACCCGCGCGCAGAAGGUCUACGUGGAGAAACUGUGGACAGUGAACAAGGCGGGCUCCUACUACAAGUUCGACACCUCGCCGGGCGACAACGGGGGCUGCAUCAUGGCCGACCAGCUGUGUGGAUACUGGUACCUGAGGUCGGCCGGAGUCACAGAACAGGUGUUCAGCUACACGGAGGAGGCGCUGCGCACCAUCUACGAGAACAACGUGCUGCUGUUCCAGGGCGGCCGGCGGGGCGCCAUUAACGGCAUGCUGCCCGACGGCCGGCGCAACACCACCACGCUGCAGAGUGAGGAAACGUGGACGGGCGUCACGUACGCGCUGGCCGCCACCAUGGUACAUGAGGGGAUGAUCAAGGAGGGAUUCCACACUGCCGAGGGCAUCUACCGCACCGUCUACGAGCGGAUCGGACAGGGCUUCGAGACGCCCGAGGCGCUCUAUCCGGAGAAACACUACCGGGCUGUGGGCUACAUGCGGCCGCUGAGCAUCUGGGCCAUCCAGCGGGCCUGGGAGCAGCGGCGCGCCACACUGCCACCUAGUGGCCAGGAGUAGAACCACUAGUUCGCGGCGAGCCCGGCCUCCGUGAUACGGGGAGAGGCUGGAGCACUGGAGAGUGUGAUUUUGAUGUUACGGAUUGCUGGUUGAUGAUAUAAUCGCUUUGUGUAAUAUGCACUAGUCAUAUGUAACCAUGCAG